GCCGCCCGCAGCCCCGCAAUAUGCCUCCGUGGCCCGCUGGCUCUCGGCCAUGGCGAGGCUCUGCCCGCGCGUCCCGUGCGCCCUGCUCCUCGGCCUGGCCGCUGUGCUGCUGAAGGCGCGGCUGGUCCCCGCGGCCGCCAGAGCCGAGCUCAGCCGCUCCGACCUCAGCCUCAUCCAGCAGCAGCAGCAGCAGCAGCAGCAGCAACAGCAAAAACAGAGGGAGGAGGCGGAGGAGGAGGAGAGGCCAGAGGUGCCCGGAGCAUCUUCUACUUUGACGGUUCCGGUGUCUGUAUUUAUGCUAAAAGUCCAGGUGAAUGACAUCAUCAGUCGCCAGUACCUGAGUCAAGCAGUUGUGGAGGUGUUUGUUAACUACACAAAGACAAAUUCUACAGUAACCAGAAACAAUGGAGCAGUAUUGAUAAAAGUGCCCUACCAAUUAGGACUCAGCUUAACCAUUAUUGCUUACAAAGAGGGCUACGUCUUGACACCUCUGCCUUGGAAAACCGGAAGGAUGCCAAUAUACUCUUCCGUUACACUCUCACUGUUCCCGCAAAGCCAAGCAAAUAUAUGGCUCUUUGAAGACACUGUCUUGAUUACUGGAAAGUUAUCUGAUGCCAAAUCUCAACCAAGUGUUCAGUUUUCAAAAGCCUUCAUUAAACUUCCUGACAACCAUCAUAUUAGCAACGUGACUGGCUAUCUAACAGUUCUACAGCAGUUUUUAAAGGUGGACAAUUUUCUGUAUACGACUGGAAUCACUCUUAAACCAGGUUUGGAAAACAUUGAGCUGACUCCUCUUGCUGCAAUAUGUGUGAAAAUAUAUUCUGGAGGCAAAGAAUUAAAGGUGGAUGGCCCCAUCCAUAUUUCUCUUCCUCUCCUCCAUACAAAGAAUGUAAAGAUGGGAGAUCGCACACCUGCUUGGACAUUUGAUAUGAACAUAGGCGCUUGGGUGCAUCAUGGCUGGGGAACAGUCAAGGAGUAUAGCAGUCACUUGAUUUGGACCUAUGAUGCACCACAUUUGGGAUACUGGAUAGCAGCUCCAUCCCCAGGAGACAGAGGUUCCGGUAUAAAUGAAGAUUCUAGAGACAUAACUGCCUACCACACAGUGUUCCUUACAGCCAUACUAGGGGGCACGGUAGUCAUCAUCAUUGGGUUUUUUGCUGUACUGCUUUGUUAUUGCAGGGGGAAGUGUGGGAAAGCACAGAAAAGAGAAAGAAACGCCACUAAGCUUGAGAUCCUCAAGAGGGACCAGACGACAUCAACAACACACAUAAACCAUAUCACUUCAGUCAAAGUUGCACUGAAAGCCGAGGACAAACCACAGCUAUUCAAUGCCAAAACCUCCUACAGCCCCCAGAAAAAAGAAGCCGCGAAGAUGGAGGCAGAAGAAAGAGUUCCUAUGGUGAAAACUCGGGACAAUUUUAAAAUCUACAACGAAGAUGUUUCCUUUCUGUCGGUCAAUCACAGUAACUACUCGAGGAACCCAACACAGUCUUUGGAGCCAAUUAUAGGGACCAAGCAAGCCAAGCACCUUAACAACAACCUCUCUCCAUCGCUGGCUGACGCUCGGGAGGAAAAGAGGUAUCUCACAAGGAACGAAGAGGCAUAUGGCCGUUCCCACAUCCCCGAGCAGCUCACGCACAUCUACAGCCAGCCCAUUGCCAUCCUUCAGACAUCAGACCUUUUCCCCACACCAGAGCAAUUGCUUGCUGCUAAGUCUGCCACUUUGCCGAGGAAGGGACAGUUAGUCUAUGGCCAACUGAUGGAACCAGCGAACAGAGAGAACUUUACGCAGACACUACCCAAAAUGCCGAUGCAUUCUCAUGCCCAGGCCCCAGACACCACAGAAGAGGACAUUGUGCUUGAAGGUCAGCAGAGCUUGCCGUCCCAGACCUCAGACUGGAGCCGAUACUCCAGCAGCUUGCUGGAGUCCGUGUCUGUGCCGGGAACGCUAAACGAAGCUGUUGUGAUGACUCCCUUUUCAUCAGAACUUCAGGGGAUCUCAGAGCAGACCCUCCUAGAGCUGUCCAAAGGCAAGCCCUCUCCCCAUCCUAGGGCGUGGUUCGUGUCUCUUGACGGAAAGCCCGUGGCGCAAGUGAGGCACUCCUUUAUAGACCUGAAAAAGGGCAAGAGAACCCAGAGCAAUGACACAAGUCUAGACUCUGGGGUGGAUAUGAAUGAGCAUCAUUCAAGCAGGAAGCUGGAGAGAGAGAAGACAUUCAUCAAAAACGUGCAUCAGCCCAAGAUCCUCUACCUGGAAGAUUUAGACCUGAGCAGCAGCGAGAGCGGAACCACCGUCUGCUCCCCCGAGGACCCCGCGUUGAGGCAUAUCUUAGAUGGAGGUGGCGGAGUUAUUGUCGAGCACCCCGGGGAAGAGUCUCUGGGAAGGAAAAGCACUGUGGAAGAUUUUGAAGCCAAUGUAUCUCCCACUAAAAGGAGAGGCCGGCCACCACCACUAGCCAAAAGAGAUAGCAAGACCAACAUCUGGAAGAAACGAGAGGAACGCCCACUGAUGCCCAUGAACUAAUGAUGCAAGCCUCGUCUCUCCGUAGU